AUACGCAACGGAUUAAUCGGAAUGAAAGAGGAAAAAUGAUAUAUAUAUAUAUAUAUCAAUCGAAUAUGAAAAUAAUAAAGUUAACCUGCGUGUGUUCAUAGACGAUUAAUCCGCUUCUUUCGUAUUAAUAUCAUGGUCUAAAAAAGAAAUUUGCACAAAACGUUAACUAUCAUUUUUAUCUCGUGUAAUCUUAAUAAGUGAAUACCGUAUACUUAAUAUUAGACUAUCUGUCUUGUUGGUCUUUCUGUAAAUAAAUGAUGAUAAUGAAGAUGGUAAUAAUAACAAGAGUAAUAAGAAUAAUAUUAUUAUUAAUGAUAAUAAUAAUAGUAAUAAUAAUAAUAACAACAAUAACAAUAAUAAUACUAAUAAUAAUAAAUAAUAAUAAUAAUAAUAAUAAUAAUAACAAUAAUAAUAAUAAAUAAUCAUAUAGUAAUGUAGUUAUUAAGAUUAACGAUAAUAAGAACAGUGAUAUUAUUUUUUUGCGUUGUUAUUGCAUAAGUAUCAUUCGAAAAAUUUUAUGGCAUAUAUUGCAUAACGUUUCGUCGAAAAAGAAAUAAAAAAAAGAAGAACAAGAAACAGAAGGAGUAGACGAAUAAAAAAAUAACUAACGAAUUUAAAAAAUUUUACACCUCUCGCUUUUAAGUAUCGCGCGCGUCCAUUUUUCUCACCGUGUUGCUUUUUCUCUCGACGACGAUAGUUUUAUAUCCUUUAAAACAUCUGCUGUUUCGCAGAUGCGGAUGAUGCGUAAUGCGACGUCGAAUUGCUUGAAAAGAAAAAAAAAGAAAAGAUGCGCGAAAAUUUAUCAGGACACCCUCUUCAGAAGUAUAUCCUCUUCUUUGGAACGCUUGAAAAAGGAUUUUUCAAAGAUGUCGCGGGCGCGUGAAGAUUAUAUUCCUUCGAAUAUUCGCAAAGGUCUUUUUAACGAGUUAGUAGAUUAAAGAGAGAGAGAGAGAGAGAGAGAGAGAGAGAGAGAGAGAAUUAGAAACAAAAAGAGAGUCGAUCGGAAAAUAUGGUUAUUUGUUUGUUUUAUCUUUUAAUCUAGAUAAAAAAAUUUCUAUGAUUUAAUUAUGUAACUCAAUGAAUCCUUGCUGUUGGUUCAUCCUUUUAGCUUUGGUAAUAACAGAAGGAAAACCACAAUUGUAGUAACGAAAAAAAAAGUUAUAAACGAAAAAAAAAUAGAGAAAAACAAACAAACAGAAACAAAACUAAAAACAAAAAUGACAUUAUUAUUAUUAUUUUUUCUUUUUUUGUUUGUUUUUCAAUCCUUGAAACAAUAACGCGUUUAUUCUGCACGACAUUGUGUGUACCCCUUCCCCUUCGUUGCUUUUUUCUCUUCACUCUUUGGAUUGUGAUGUGCUAUAAUAUAUCAUGAAGUAAAGUAAACUAUAAUGUACGAAAAACAGGAGAUAAACAAGAUAAAAAAAGGAAUAGAGGAAGAAAGGGGGAGAGAGAGAGAGAGAGAGAGAGAGGGAGAGAGAGGAAGAGAAAGUGAGAGAAUGAAAGAGAUAAAAUAGGAGGAAAGAGAAAUAAGCAACGUUUUUCAAAUAAUAUUUCUAAUAUAUUAUAAAAAAAAAUCCUCGACGGUCGCUCUCUGUUUACAAUGCAUAAUAUCGUAUUCUAGAGGAGGAGAAGGACGUCAAGGAGGCGAAGGAAGAAGAGGAUCAGGAGCAGCAGGUGGUGGACGGCGAGUAAAAAGAAAAGAGAGAAAGAAUAAGAAAAAAAAAACGAAAAAAAAAAGCGAAUUUUUCGAUGGAUCUCUUCUCACGGCGACAAAAUGAAUUAGACGAUGGUGAUGAUGACGAAGAUGAUGAUGAUGAUGAUAGUGAUGAUGAUGAUGAAGAUGAUGAUGAGGAUGAUAAUGAUGAUAACGAUGAUGAGGAUGAUGAUGAUGAGGAUGAUAAUGAUGAUGUUGAUGAUGAGGAUGAUGAUGAUGAUGGUGGUGGUGGUGGUGGUGGUGGUGAUGAUGAUGAUGAUGAUGAUGAUAAUGAUAAUGAUGAAAAUUAUAAUAAUGAUAACGAUCGUGACGAUCGUGAUAACAUGAUGAAUAUCAUUGAUAUUUGGCCGAGUACGGAGUCUUUAAUGUUACUCGUGAAUGUACGAUAUUAGGGAAAAAUUGUUUAAUAUACAUAGAGACACGUAAAAUAAUAAUAAUAAUUAAAAAAAUACAAAAAACAAAAAAACAAAAAAGAAUAUUUACUACGCAAUCGAAAAUAAUAAUAAUAAUAAAGAUACAACAACAACAACAGCAAACAAGAAUAACUAAAUAAAUAAAUAAAAAAUAUGUAACAAAAAAGAGUAGUGCUAGUUACUACCAUGAAAAAAAAAUAAAAAAACAUUAUAUGGAUACAUGCAGACAUACAGAUAGAAAGACACACACAUACACACACACGCGCGCACGCACACGCACAUGUACACACGCCUAUGAGAUAUACGCGCGCUAAUUAAAAAUAACAAAAAAAGGAAAGGAAUAAUCAUCGAUAAAUAUCGACGAUCGGAAAAGUAGAAGAUGAGGGGGCGGGGAGGUUGACGGGUUAAAGGGAGAGGAGGAAAAGGGCGAAAUUGAAGAGAGAAAAUGAAUGGGGCCGAUUAUUUUGGCUAUAAUUACGUGUUUGCUAGAGAAGCGUGUUAAAGAACGUCUCUCAGACGUGUAAAAGUGGUAACAGUACGAGUAGAUGAUUGUGUGUGUGUGCGUGUAUGUGCGUGUGUGUUCGAGUGAGCGCGCGCGUGCGUGCGUGUGUGUAUGCGACUGAUAGAAAGGGAGAGAAAGAAAGGGAAAAAAAUGAAAAAAAUGAGAAAAGAGUACAGGGGGAAGGAGAUAUGUCUUCAGGGCAACGUUGUUUUGGCAGAAGCACGUGGUACGAGAGAAGCCUGAAGAAUGUACAUACAUAUAUAUGUAUGUAUUAUAUAAAUACAAAAGUGCAUAUAUAUAUAUAUAUAUAUAUAUAUAUAUAUAUAUAUAUAUAUAAAUAUAUAUAUGUAUGUAUAGGUAAUUCUAUGAUGAUUACACUAUGCGUAAAUAAAAGUAGUAAACUCUUAUUACGAUUACUAUGUUUACAAUUAUGGCGAUUAUUAUAAUUACCGAUGUUCUAUAAAUAUAAAUAACUAUAAAUAAAAAAAAAAUACCUACCGUUCGUUUCGCUCCGUUUAAUUAUCUGUUUUUAGUUUUACAAUGAUUAUAUAGUCGAUAUCAUACUUGUAGCAUAUUGCUGAAUGUGUUUAAGCGAGAAUCGAUCGCCUCCGUUAACGAAGGCUCUAUAUAAUACUAUUAUUAUUGUACAUUUUUUGUGGUUUAUUUAACAAUAAAAUAUUAACAAUAAUGUUGACAAA